AAGACAAGUACCCAAUCAGAUUAUUUUAAUCAAUAUGUUGUUGUGAAGCAUUCAAUAGGUAAAUAGGUGCUCAAGAUACAUUUUUUAUUUGAUUUUAGAAUAGAUUCACGAUUUAAUUGGAAUUAUAUCGCGAUCCAAUAAAAAGAAGCAAAAAAAAUGUCGCGCUUCUACUUCACAGCAAUUUUUCUUGUUUCCUUCACUGCAAAUCUAGUGAACGGCGACGAUUAUUAUCAACCAUUUCCAUUGGGUAUAGUGAAAGGUAAAAAAAGAACCACCAUAACGGGCGUGUCUGUGUAUUCAUUUCAAGGAAUACCGUAUGCCGAACCACCUACAGGGGAAUAUAGAUUCAGGUCCGCUAAACCGAAAGAACCGUGGACCGAUAUUCUAGAUGCGACACAAGAAAGAAGUUUUUGUUUACAAAUGACCUCCGAUACAGUUGCCGGUAGUGAAGAUUGUCUUUUCAUGAACAUAUUUUCGCCCAAAGAUCCAAGUUCGAGUCCAAACCUCCCGGUGAUGGUUUAUAUUUACGGUGGAGGUUUCAUCGAAGGUACUUCUGAAGACGUCAACAUCGGUCCCGAUCAUCUAAUGAAUUACGAUGUUGUUUACGUCACUUUCAAUUACAGAGUCGGACCUUUCGGUUUCUUUUCCACCGGAGACGAAGUUAUACCCGGUAAUUACGGACUUAAAGAUCAAUUGGAAGCUAUAAAAUUCGUUAAAAAUUACAUUCAAUAUUUCGGUGGUAAUCCGGAAAAAAUUACUAUUUUCGGUCAAAGUGCUGGUUCGGCUUCAGUUCAAUAUCAACUUUUGAGUCCUAAAGCUAGAGGAUUAUUCAGAGGGGCUAUUUGCGAAAGCGGUUCGGCAAUAAGCGCUUGGGCUUAUCAAAGCAACCAAACCGAAAUUUCUUAUUUGCUAGCGUCUUUACUCAAUCCCUCUUUAAAAAAUGCUUCAUCCACGGAAGUUUAUCAAUAUAUGAAACAAUUACCAGCCGAACAAAUCGACAGAGCCGCUCAUAUCAUACAGAAAAUGGAAAAACCUUCAGACAAUCAAAUCCAGCAAGGAUUUUAUUUCGCUCCAGUUAUCGAGCCCGAACACGACGAUGCAUUUUUGACUCAAUCAAUGUUCAGGAUGUUUCUCUUGGGAACAUUUAAUACUGAAGUAAAAAUUAUGGUCGGGGUAAAUUCCGAAGAAAAUCUUUUUUACGUAUCCAAUAUGACCAAUCUUGAACAAAUGGCCACUGAAAUAACUGCGGAUAGUUCAAUAUUGAUUCCAAGAGGACUACAAGCUAAUGAAUCGAAGAAAGCUGAAAUAGCAAAUAAGAUUAAAGAAUUUUAUUCUCCCUACCUUCCCUUUUCCUUAAACUGGAGAAGCUUGAUAAAGUAUUUCAGUGAUCAAAGUUUUGCUAGAUCUCUUAUCAAAUCUGCUGAAUUACAAUCGAGAUGGACAGACGUUUGGUUUUACGAAUUUGCAUUUCAUGGUGUUUUGGGAGGAUAUACUGAAGAAUCAGUUGAUGGUUUCUCUGAGGAUGUCAGACAUGGGGAAGAGAUGAGUUUUAUACUUAGACGUAAUUACGGAGGGUUAAAUACAACUGAUUUAUCGAAAUAUCCUGAAAUCGAUCAACUGGUCCAAAAACGAGUGAUCACGAUGUGGACCAACUUUGCCAAAUAUUUGAAUCCUACUCCUGAACCAACUGAACUAUUAGAAAAUAUAAUUUGGCCUACCGUUAAGCCUGAAGAUUUCAAAUAUUUAGCUAUAGGAUCUUGGUUAGAAGUUAAAACUAAUCCGAAGCUGGACAUGUAUAUGUUUUGGAACGAAAUAUUCUAUACAUAUGGCGCACAACCUUUUAUUUCUUGGUAAAUUUUCAUGAAUGUCUUUAUAAAAAAAUUUUCAAAUUA